AUGCUUGCCUUAACUCGUUAUGUUUUGUUGCCGCUGUCGUUCAACAGCAAAUGUAUUCCCUUUUCGGAAUGGAUCUCCCUUCUGACUCUGUGUCUUGCACCGCUGAUUGUUCACGUUGUGUCGGGCUCGCCAUCGGGGUCUUCCCUGGCAGCAAAGAGGCCACAUUGGUACGACUACGUUUGCCAUUAUAAUCCAACGUCCAUCUUGUGGCGGUAUGCCGCAAUUACCGAUCGCAGGAUCCGAGCUCUCUAUUGGAGCAAUUCUGAUAUGGCUGCCAGCAAUGCCAUUUUCUGGACGGAAAUUGGUUGGGAUGGUCGUGAACACAUGAUCAUAUCUGCAGCCUCCUACUGCAUUCACUUACCUGAGCACCCCCACGCAGAGCUUGUUUCGAGCACAACAAUCAAGACUGUAAUCACAGUAGCGCAGGGUAUUGCCGCUUUCUAUCCUCUGGUGGAUUCUCUGGUCAACGUGAAAUCUAGCGGCAGUUACGUCGGAAUGCUUGGAGUCGACUCAAUAUUUACGCCAAUCGCAAUCCUUGGGCUUCUGAGACUCUUCGCGGCCAGGUGGCUCACGGAGGAUUACAUAUACAACACAAGGAGCGAUAUCCCCUUGAAAACACUCCCAUCAGUCCCCGAGGACGAGAGUGGCAGUACAGAGCAUCUCAUGUCCCCGCGACCCACCUCGCCUAUGGAUGUUAUCGCACGCUACAGGCCGACCUCGUACUGGCCAUCGCGAGUGUUUCGUACCGUCUACAUGCUCAUCCUGGUGUUAUUCUGGGCCGUUUCUGCAUUGUACGUUGUACCGAUCAACCCAGCACCGAAUUCACUUGGAAGAUUCAUGACUACCACCAUGUUCUCCACCGCCAUGCUUUACGUGGUCUUUUUGACCAUUACCGUUAUUCUAUAUCUAUACUACUUCUUGCGGGGCAUGAGUACAACGACCAUCAUCCCAUGCAUUUCUUCGCCAUUUUAUCGGAUAUACACCUACUGCUUCUUUCUCUACAUCCCGGCCCUCAUAGCCAUUGCAAGCAUCGAAACAAAUCGCAAUCCGGGAGGCGGCUACACCAGCGUAAACUGGGGAAACCUAACUGCAUGUACAUCAACACUCUAUCCCGUUGGAAUUGAAGGAUCAAAUAUCAUGGGUCUCACUACUCUUGUCAACCCCGAUCUCCCGCCUGUUCAUGAACCAUUGUUCAUGAGCAAUACGUCGGAUGACUCGUAUUGGACGUUUGGAUUUCAAGGAUAUUGCAGCGGGCUCGUCACAUAA